AUGUUAGAUACGACGAUGAAGCUGACGAAAUGGAUGACGCCAUCGCGCAACAAUGGACAUAUCCUCGAUGAGCUGGAGCUGAGCGAGGAGCUGAUCGCCUCGUUUGUACGGAUGGAGGAGCGGCGGGGCCGUCGGCGCCAGCCGCACGGGUCGACGCCGCGCGAGCUGCCGCGCAAGAUUGAGCUGCCGCAACAGGAGCACGAGGCGUCGCGGGCGGUGCUGCGGGAGCGGGCGCAGCUGCGUGACGCGCAGGAGGAGCGGUAUGGCCCGCACACGCCCGCG